AUGGCUGCCCCGCGACGGGCCGUCACUCAAGGGCGCGGCGGCGCGUUCUCCACGGCGGCGGGGCUUCUCCCCGUGCUCGUCCUCGCAUUGCUGCUCCAGGCGCCCUCCGCGUCCGCCCGCCACUGGUUCUGGAACGACGGCCUCUUCCCCGUCGCCGCGAAGCCCGCCACUCUCACUGCCGCGGAGUCCGACGGACCGGCAGAGGUGGCUGCUGGGCAGCCAGUUUCAGCAGUCCCGGCGCCAGCUCCGGCGGCGCCGGCGCCGGCGCCGGCUCCUGCGGUAUCGUGCCACGACGCCCCUCUGAACGGAUUCAUCGCAGCCGGAGCCGCGCCCGACCCGUGUGCUGCGCUGGCAGCGGAGCUGAAUCGCACUGCGGGGAAACUUGGGGACAAGACUGGAGGGCAAGGAUUCGCUGCUCCUUCUCUCUUCCGCGCGUGCCACUCCACGUUCCUGUUCAGGAAGGACUGCGACGUGGAGGACCUGCUGUCGAUCGCGAACGCGUUCGACAAUCACUACGUGUACAAGCACAUCGCCGUUGACUCGCCGGACCAGACCAACCUGCCGAGCAGCAUCGAUAUUGUCGCGGACCUGCGGAAAAUCGUCGCGAACGCCAAAGCGGGAAAGUACCCUCGGCUGGUUGACGCGCACAUGGCGGCGUUCCGCGCGACCAACGCGCUCAACGACGGGCACAGCGCGUUCCAUCCGACUUGCUUCGGAGGGAGCAGUUACGACUUGCCGUUGCCGCUCAUGGCUGUUGUUGAAAACGGGCAGCAGAUCAUUCGCGUUGCGCCACGCCGAUAUGUCACUCCCAACGGGUUGGACCAUGUUGCAAAGGUUCUGCACAAUUUUGACUUCAGUCUGUACGAGGGCCAACAGGUGGUGGCUAUCAACGGGGAAAAGGCGGAAGAUUUCAUCCUGAACUGGGCGGACAAGGAAGGGGGCAUGUUUCGCAAUCGGGCUGCGCGAUUCACGAAAUCUUUCGCGGCGAAUAUAGUGGAUGGGUCGUCGGGGGAGACAGGCAUCGUCCAGGUGCCAGGCGACUUCGCCCGGCGAGCCUAUGCUCCCGAAAAUGACACCUUACUGGUGUCGUUCGCAAUCGAAAAGAGUGCUUCGACGGAGGACGUUCAGGUGGCAUGGAUCGGGACAGGAAACCUGACUGCUUUCACAAACGCCACGGAAUACUGGGCGACGUUCUGUGCCGUGGAGCCAUCAAGCAAUGCCACUGACGGCACUAGCGCGCACGCAAGCACGCUCGGACUCCAUGGACACGGACAUGCAGCAGACACACCAGUGAUCUACAAGUUUCUCAAGCGCCACCCCGAUCCAGUUUACUAUGAUGAUACCAGCGAUGGCAGCGGCAACCUGAAUGUCGAGAUUGCGUCGCUUUCUGCUGCAGCAGCAAACGGCUCUUCUGGUGCAGUACGGGGGCCGACUGUAACGAGGAUCUCACCCAAGGAUGACCUUUUCCUGGUGUACCUGAUGGACAACAGCACGGCCGUGAUCUGGCUGCACACGUUCAGUGACGACAUCAAGGAUGACGUCAUGGACCAGGAGGUCACCAAGGCUCUUCAAACCGCAGCAGCGUCCAACGCCUCUCAGGUCAUCAUAGACGUGCGGGGCAACGGUGGCGGAUCCACGGUGGCAUCAUACACAGCCAUCCGCCUGCUCAUGGGGGCAGCCAAGGUCCCCGACGCAAGCUUCACCAUGCCCAUGGAUUUCAUCAUCGGCUCGCAGUACACCGAGAACGCCAUCGGCCUGCUCGCUGUCAACGCGGCCUCUCUCUACUUCAUCGACGCAUACUCCGACCUCAACGGAACGAAUCUCACAAGCGUGUUUGGCUACGCUCCUUUCCGCGAGCGCCGCUUCACAGCGGCCGGCCCGGCUGGAAACUACUCGGCGCCGUUCAAGAUGACCGACAGAUUCACCGGGAAGGAGCGGCAGCCGGUGUUUGGCGGCCGGCCCUUCCUGGUCCUGUCGGACGGAAACUGCUUCUCUGCCUGCGCCAUCCUCACGCACGUCCUGGGGAAACGCCACAAAGUGCCCAUGGUAACCGUGGGUGGUUUGCCCAACCAGCCCCCUGAUGUGGGCUCCUCGUGCCUCGGGUUCACCCUGAUGAACUUCGCUGACAUGGCCGCGAGUCUCCGCCAGCUUUCUGCCAUGGCGCCAGACAGCGCGUCGCUGCCUCUCAACGUGAAAGGGACGAUUGCCAUGGCGCUUACUAACGGGUAUGUGGAUUCGGAGAUUCCGUGUGAGUUUGAGUUUCUGCCCAGCCAGCAUCACAUCAACUACACCGUUGAUCUCAUUGACAAGCCCUGGGCCAUGUGGAAUGAGGUGGCCAAACUCUUUGGCUCUGCUGCUGCCUAG